AUGAUUAUUUUGGACUUCCACAACCCUGCUCUUGAAGAAUUGCUCCUUACCCGUUUCUAUAAUGCUAAAGCUGGCUUAAAAUUCGAGAAGAUCGACUACACGGUUGCUGAUUUCGAUCGUGUUCUCUAUCGUAUUCAUAAUCCAGACAAAGAUAAAACAAAGCUUUUAGUCAGUCUUUUAGUAAAUUUCUUCGAUGAACUCCGGGAGUAUAAUGUAGAAAUGGUCUUGAAACGCGAAUAUGGCUCAUACAUGUUGGACCAACCAUUUCCCGGUUACUCAGUUACUCUUUGCUUUGACUUGACUAAUGUCCCCGAUGAUUAUGAUUCUCUUGCUCAUCGUGUUGCUUUAAUGAAGCGACACUGUUUCGCUGCAGUAUUUGAGCCAUUUUUCAUCCUUCAAGCCUUUGCUGAUGAACCCAUGAUUUCUAAGCGAGCUGUCAUUCAUUACAGUCCCGACGAAGCUAUGUAUGUCCAAGCGCUGGAGGACAGGAUAACCGUAAUAUUCAGCACUGUGUUCAAGGAUGCUGACGAUGUCGUCAUCGGCAAAAUAUUCAUGCAGGAGUUUACGGAGGUACGACGCAGGUACGACCGGGCGCCCCAAGUUCUCUACUCGCAUCGCGAACCACCAGCAGAAUUGAGAGGUACGGAUGCUGUCGGCGGCGAUAACAGAGCCUAUAUCACAUUCGUUCUGUUUCCUCGUCACUUGGCUCCCAACGCAGCCGAUCAUACCAUCAACUUAAUCCAUACAGUUCGCAACUACCUGCACUACCAUAUCAAAUGCUCCAAGGGUUAUCUCCAACUCCGAAUGCGUUCCAAAACCUCCGAGUUCAUCAAAAUCCUCAACCGAGCCGAAAUGGUCUUUUUUGGUUUGACCUUUUUGGUCAUGCCUAAACACCGAAUAACAUCAAUUUCCGUCUUUAAAAGCCUAUCUUUAUAA